UAGUCAGAAAUAAAAAGAAAUCAACAAUAAUAAAAAUAUUAACAAAAUUAAAAAGUCUGUUUACCAGGACAGUUCCUCGCUCUCCUCGAAAGGCGGCGCUCUGGUUACAGCAUCAAAUCCGCUGCCUCCAUAGCGCGCGCGCGCUUCGCUGACCGGGAGCAGAAAGCAGCGCGCGCUCCAACCCUCCCCCUCUCUCCGUAAAACGCGCACGCGGGCCACGCGGUGAGCGCGCGCUCUCCGUGUUUCCCCACACGAGUCCGAACUGUUUUUGUUUCCGAGAAAACAAAGUCUGAUGGCAGUGCCGGCUGGCGCACCGCGGCGCGCUUUUACGCACGGCCUCGGAUCUGGAUUUUACGCACACGGAGUGCGGACUGGCUACACCUGUGCGUAAACACCGGCACGGGGAGGGGUGGGGCCAGAUCAGCGGCCGCAGGUUCACCAUCAGAGCUCGGAGCUGCCGCAGGAGAGCGUGAAGGUCUGCGGUGGGAGUGCGGAGCAGGAAGGGGCAGAAAGAGGAUUUUUGGGGAAGCUCCUCCUCUCCGUGAUGUCGGAACCUCCUUAAUUACUAAUUUCUCCACAUCGAAGCCACGCUCUUUCCCUCCCCCUCUCUCUGUUUUCUCUCUCUCCACUCCUCCAUCCAUGCAUCUCUCAUCCUGACCCUCCUUUCUCUCUCCUCUGUCGCUCUGUGGUUUCCAGGAUAGCGGAGGUGGACGAUCCUGGAGGAGCGCUUCUUUUUUAUUCUUCUAUUUAUUCCUGCUUGUUUUUUUGUUUUGUUUUUUGUUUGUGUUUUCUUUCCUGCCACCGGGCAUGGAGGAUGUAAAAUCCCCGCCGACCGUCCACCGGUCCUCCUCCUUCAGCAUCAAGAGCCUCCUGCUGCCCUCCAAGUGCGAGCGCCCGGACCCGGUGGCCGCUGCCACCGCCGCCAUGGUCGGCAUCCCCGGGACUCUGUCUCCAUCACCGGGCUCCGACUCGGACAAGUCGCUGGGCCCCACGGAGAUGGACUCCGCCGCCGCGGGUCUGGACCAGGAGAAGCCGGGCAGGGAGGAGCAGGGGGAGCACGAGGAGGAGGAGGAGGAGGAGGACGGAGGAGGAGGCGGCGGAGGAGGGGAGGACUCCAAGCCCACGGCAGGGCACAACUCCACCGGGAGCGGCAACGGCGGCAAGAACGGGAAGUACGACAAGCCGCCGUUCAGCUACAACGCGCUGAUCAUGAUGGCCAUCCGGCAGAGCCCCGAGAAGCGGCUGACGCUCAACGGCAUCUACGAGUUCAUCAUGAAGAACUUCCCCUACUACCGGGAGCACAAGCAGGGCUGGCAGAACUCCAUCCGCCACAACCUCAGCCUCAAUAAGUGCUUCGUCAAGGUGCCGCGGCACUACGACGACCCGGGCAAGGGCAACUACUGGAUGCUGGACCCCAGCAGCGACGACGUCUUCAUCGGCGGCACCACCGGCAAGCUGCGCCGGCGCUCCGCCACCUCCCGCGGGAAGCUGGCCAUGAAGCGCGGGCUGCGCUUCGCCCCGCUGGGCUUGGAGCGGCCCAACAACCCGCUGUACUGGCAGAUCUCACCCUUCCUGUCGCUGCACCACCACCACCACCACCACCCGCACUACAACGGCUCCUCGCCCGGCUUCCUGAACCAGGCGGCGGGCUACGGCUCGCUGCUGCCCGCCGUGGAGCAGCUGAGCAACGGGGACCUGGGGCGCUCCAUGGCGCUGGGCCUGACGAACACUUACGGCAUGAGCACGUCGCCCGUGGGGCUGCUGUCCGGACAGACGGCCGGCUACUUUGUGUCAGGGAGCCAGCACGCUGCGGCGGCCCCGGGGCCACCGGGAGGGGGCCCCCAGCAGCCGCCGCCGCCGCCGCAGCACCUCUCCCAGAGCGCGGCGGGUUUCGGCGGCCUGGGCGCCGGCAGCUCCCCGCAGUCGCUGCUGUCGGACUCGCUGAGGAACAGCUCCUUACCGGCCUUCUCCCCCGGAGUAUCGGCGGGCUUCCCCGGGGUGCUGUCCCACCAGAAGAGGGUGGCCCCCAGCGCCUUCCUGAACUGACCCCCCCCCCCCCCCCCCUCCGGACUCUCAGUGGAACAACAGACGUCUGUAAAGGGCAAAUAAUGCGCGGUAAAUAUCAAGCAGGAGCAGAUUUAUAGAACAUAUGGAGGGAAACUUUCUGGCCAUAUUGGGUUUAUUUUCCAGAGAGAAAAGGGAGAAACUUUGUUACCCGCGGGUGUAAAACUGUAAACUAGACUUGCCAAAGGUAACACUCUAUAGGAAGAUUUCAAACUAUUUAUAUCUUGUACAAAGGGUUUCAGUACUUUUCUUUGACUCGUUUAUUAUUUAUGUUUUGUAUUUAUUGUACAAUGUAUUUAAAUUCUAUUCUCAGUGUAUUUACUCAUCAGUAUUAACCAACCCGGAUGGGAGGGCUGCGAGGAUUAUUGUUAUUGUUAUUUAUGAAUUUUGGAGGCAAUCAGAGCGUUUUUUCUGUUUAUUAGCGAGAAAAGAAACGUUUGAAUAAGUUAAGAAUUAAUAAAAAAAGCCUUAAAGUUAUUAGAACAAUCAGGGGUAAGAGGAAAAAGAAGCCUAAAGAUCAUAUCUGCACUCAGGUCUGACCCCGGGAGGCCCAGAGGAUGGAGAGUUGCCUUCCAGAGUGAAAAUGUCUGCGCAGCAGAACCAGCAGAUCUCUGAGUGAGAAUAAAUUCUGCUGCUGCUGCUUAGAACCCAACAUUAACCCGGACCGACCCGGGUAGCAAACUCUUCCUUUCAAAGUGAGCAAAGUAAAUCCAGGGGUUUCCAGAGACUUUCUCAGUUUUGCUGUGUGUGUGUCAGUGUGCGCCAAGGCCUGUGCCACCCCCCCCCCCCUCCCUGCGCAUGUGCGUAAAAAGGCCGCCGCUCGUAGUAUUUCCCGGGGAGCCUCCCUCCCGCUGAUGGCGCUCCUCCAAGCCGCUGAACUGCGUCGGUUUCCCGCUGAACGCGUCGAACCGAGCCGCGGCUCCAAUUACGCAGAUAAAAAUAAGAAUUAAUUUAAUCCACACACUAAAGCUAAGGCUAAAGCUUUUUGUUAAACGCAAAGACAAUCAGAAUAAACAGGAUCUCCGACAAUCAACCGAACCGGACCUUUUUUUUGGGUCCAGCCUGCUGCAAUAAUAAAUAUGCAACUUUUUCUGCUAUAUUUUUAUUUUUCUGACAGAGAAUCUGAAAAUAAAAAUAAAAUGUCUCCUGGAUUUUUACACCAUGUGUUUUAUCUCCAUUAUUUUCAACUAACAUUUCCAUUAAAAAAUAAAUCCUAGAGCUUAUUAUCAAUGUUUUCAUUUGUAUUUUUUGUUUUAAGUAAUUAUGCGGAGCUAAUUUAAGGCCCUAUAUUUUUUUAACUUAACUUUAUUAUUUUUUAAUUUUAAUCUGACACAAAAACACUGAGAAGUUUUGGAAAUUAGAUUUUCGCUUCAAGAAGCCGAUUUAAAACAAUGUGAAAAUAAUAAAAUACUUCUUUAAAAUAAUUAUUUAUGGGUUUUUAUUAAAGGAGAUAAAUUCCCCCUAAAAAAGAAAAAGUGUCUUUUUUUUUUAAAGAUUAUUAAAAAAUUCUUCCACUUUCAAUUUUUUUUGUCGCAAUUGUUAAAAAAAAUCCUGAAUUAUUUUCCGCAAAUGAAAAAUCUUUAUAUUCCCUUAAAUUGUGCUGCAUAGAAAAGAAAAAGUGUAAUUUUGUGACCCUCUGGUCUCAGGUCAGCAGAAAGCCAGAAUCAGUUAAAACUUUUAUUUAGCUUCACAAACUUCCGGUUAUCUACGUCACGCAGCAAGAUAAAAUGUUUUUAUUUCAUUUUUAAGUUCCAGCUGGAAGGUCGCUGGUUAGAUUCCCUGGCCUCUGCCUUCUUGUGACGCAGGCUGGUCGGCACCGCAGCCUGGAGGCCGAACCAGGCUCGGUUCUGCUGACAUCAAAGCACAAAGUCCAGCAGGUCUGACCGAGGCUGGUCCCGGACCACUUCCUCUUCGUGUCACUUUCUUUUCUCAUAUUUUGGGUUUUGGUAAAAGAAAAUGUUUUUGUUUUCGUUUGAUAUUUUUUUUGCACUUUUCUAGUUAGAGCUCACCUGUAUGAAGUCUGUACCGCUGUCUGUUUCGUUGCUGUUUGUCUGUCUGUUUUUUUUCCAGAGAAACUAAAAAUGGAUUAAAAAGAAUAAAAUAACCUGAAGCGGUUUCUGCCUGAU